ACCAGACCAGAGAGAUGCCAGAGAUGGAGCAGAGGGGCAGUAACCAGAGAACGAGCUGGAGCUGUGCGGGGGGCAGGAACUAGAGGGAGGAUUUCUAGGGCAACCCACCCAGUUGGUUGAUGAUGCAACUUUGGCAGAGUGUGCUGUCAUAAUGGCGCCCCCACCAGCGUUUCCUGCUCUCUAGCUGAGUGGCCUUGUCAAAGCCUCAUCCACUACUUACAACAUGGGUCUUCAGUUUGCAAAAUGUGAAGGUUAGUCCAGAGGAAUCCCAUGCCAUGCUUCUUUUUGGCUAAAGAAACAUUCAGUUGAUCUUGGUAAAUUCCAAAUGGCCAGCAUUUGAGACAUGAUGUAAGACUCAUCACAGACAGGAUAAAGAAGAGCCAGGGGAGAUCUGUUCUCCAACACCUUACAUCACUCUGCAGACAAUUGGCAGUCAGGAGAGAGGCAGCUGCCACACUCUUCAGAUAUCUAUUUAAAGUUCAAAGAGACGGUGUGUGACAACAACGAAGAGGUGAGUGUGGCCCUGACCAACCCACCCAGCAACAGGAAGAAUGGCUGAAAAAGAAUCUACACUAUCACACCUUCUGGUCCCUAUUCUUCUCUUGAUUGGCUGGAUUGUGGGCUGCAUCAUAAUGGUUUAUGUUGUCUUCUCUUAGAAAGGACAUUGGAGCAGGAAAACCUUAGCUGCUGCUGCUGUGGAAUCAUGAUUAUCCAGGCCCAAUGGUAGGUCCUACACAUCCUGGCCUCUGUUAAUUCCUUCCUCCUGCUGGACUCAGCAUUUUUACUUAUGGGUAGUACUAGAUGGUAGUACUAGACUGUGGUAUCUACUGUUUAUGGUGUUGUUUGCUUGUUGGCUAUAUUUAUCAUGCCUUCUUUUCUAUCUAGUUCCUCAUACAGCAAAGGAAUUUUCCUUUCUGGGGGGGUUCUGCCUGAUAUUAUGUGCUCUUGGAUGUACCAUCAAGCACAUGCUCCCACCCUGCCCCUCUCCCUAUCAACUCCCAUCCCCUUCCUUGACCACAGAUCAAAACAUGUAAACUAAACAGAGCCAAAUCAGGAAACCACAUAUGUUAAUUUCUUUCACUACUGUAACAAAUUAGCACAAACCUAGUGGCUUAAAACAACAAAACUUUAUUCUUUCACAGUUCUAGAGGCCAGAGUCCAAAACUGGUAUUGGCACAGCUGGUUCCAUCUGGAGGUGCUAAGAGAGAAUCUGCUUCUUGCCUUUUCCACCUUCUAAACCUGUAUUCCUUGUCUCGUGGCUCCUUCCAUCUUCACAGCACAGCAAUCCAAUCUCUGCUUCCAUAAUCACAGUUCUCAGUUCCUUCUCUCAGACUCUGAUUCUUUCUGCCCCUUUCUUCUGAAGAUCCUUGUGAUAGUAUUGGGCUCACCUGGAUAAUCCAGGAUAAUCCCCCCAUUGCAAAGUUUCUUAAUUUAAUCACAGGUGCAAUGUCCCUUUUGCCUCAUAAAGUAACAUAUUCACAGGCUACAGAGAUUAGAAUGUGAACAUCUUUGGGGGGGUGCAUUUUUGUAUACCAUUCUCCUGGGAAAGUAGUUCAUCCAAAGGUGGACAUGUGACCUAAACAGGAAAAUUAAAUAUUUCCCUGGGAUUAUUAUUAGGAUGGGAGGAGAAGUUAUUUUUCCUAGGAGUGGCUAAUCUUGAAGAAAGUUAUGGUGGUGCUGCCGGCAACCCUGUUUCCAGUUACUGGACAAAGCUCAUCUGUAGCAGGAGGGAAUAAAGCCAAAUGAUUGAGAGCUGUAGCCAAGAACAUGGAAGCAAAAGGCAGUGGUGAUAAUAUUUGAGCACCUGUAUCCAGCUACACUUGAAACCAGACCUUCUUGUGAUUUCCCAGGCUUACAAACCAAUAAGAUCUCUUUUUGCUUUGAGCUGAAUUUAUAUACUAAUGACUCCAUAUUUUUCUUAAACAAUGAGAAAGAAAGGGAGGUGGGAGCCAACUCAAUUAUUUGUCUGUUCUUUUUCAGGGAUAUGAUAACUGUUUGAAUAUAAAUGAAGUUGAAGCUGUCAAAAUAAGUCUUUAUAAACAUGAUUAAGUUUUGUUUUCUUAUGUCUAUGCUCUACCAAACUACAACAGGGAAUUAGAAGCUAACUAUAUUAAAAAAUAUGAAUGUGACUGUAACUGGAAUGUUACUGAAAUAAUACAUUCCUUGACUUUUUGCCACUGUUUUCUCAUUUCCAAAAGGAAAACAAAAGAACAUUUCUCUUUUAUGGGAAACCAAUUCUUAUAGGCUCCCUUGUCUAGAGAAAGGCAGGUGCAUUGUGUUAGUAACUUUUUGUCAUUCAGGCCUGAAAAUGUUUGUUCAGUAAGGUUAGAUCCAUUAAGAGAUUAUCAUUGGCUUGUCCUGAGAGGAUGUAGUUACAGAAAUAGUUAAAGAUGUAGUUAAAGAACGAGUGGUCCAACUCAAAGGGAGGGUAUAGAAUGGUGGAUUACAGUGGCCACAUUCUUUCAGGAGGUGAAGGUUCUUUCCUUCCCCUUCAGUCUGGGUUGGCCUUAUGGUUUUUUCUGACAAGCAGAAUAUGGAGGAAGUGAUGCCUUGCUAGUGUCACCUCCAGCUCCUUAGAGGACAGCUUCUCUUACUUUUCCUUGAACCACUGCUUCUUAGGAUCCAGACACCAUGGAAUAAGCAUUGACUAGAUCACUAAGUGAUAAGAGGCCACACAGAGAGACUGUGGAGGAAGAGACAUUGGGACUUGCUAGCUCCAGUGGUACAGACAGAUGAAAGCAGUUGCACGAAUGGUUUUCAGUUGCAAAUAUUGUUGCAACAAAGAUGAGACUUUCCCCAUUGAGGUGCGCCCAAAUUGAAGAACCACGGGAGAUAUUUGGUUGUAUUUUAAGCUCUUAAUUUAAGCUCUCGGGGUUAUUUGUUAUGCUGCAAAAGAUCACGGAAACAGGUACGGGUGCCUAAGAUUGGAAAUAAGGGAUUGGCAGUGGGUACCAUGGUGGCUGAGACUUGCACGAUACACUUUUCUUCAAUGCAUCCUGUAAGUGGAGAAUGCUGCGUGGUUAUCAGGAAAGUGAGCAUCAAGUGCCAGCCAGCAGGAGCCAUGGAGAAGGAAGGCUUCCAUGGCCACAUUUGGCACAGAAGGUGGAGGAUUGGGACAGGUUGGGCCUUUGGCAAAGUUUUUUAACAGAACAUGUUUCUUCACCUUUCCUCCUUCCUGGCUGUCUGGAAGAUGUCAUGAGAAGAGCUCUAGCAGUCGUCAUAAACAUGAGACAAUUCUGCGCAUGAAAAUUAUGCACUAAAAAUGGCAGAACAGAAUGUUGGAAGGAUCCAAAGAAUUAGAUGACUUUGUGGAGCUGCUGUACCUGGAGUCCUGAUUUCCAGAUUUCUUUCACUUGAUGGAAUAACCGUUAUUUCCUUAAGCCCCAUUAGGUCUCAUUUACAUUGACUGAAGGCAUUUUCUCACUGAUAUACUACACAAAAUGACUAAAGUUAUGUUUCCCCCAGACCUUAGUAAAUUAUGAAAUGAACCAUAUCUAACAUGAUUUAUAAAAGUAAAGAAAUAUAAUGUUUCCCCUACCUUUGCUUCACAAAGCAGAUCUUUUAGUAACAGGUCUUUAGAAAAUAGUAGCAUUAGAGCCCAUGGAGACAUUAUAGGCAACCAGGUUUCCCUUAUACACUGAAGACAUUGUGAAAAAAGCUCGAGAUUUAAGUGGAUGUAAACUUGGGUGUGAGUCCUAGCUCUUUCUCCUCAGGCAGGUGAGUUACUCUCCCGGAACUUCAUAUUCCUUAUGUGAAAAAUGGACGUAAGACACCUGAGUGUCUGGGAUGAUAUAAUGAAGUACCUCAAGAAAUACAACUUACACUCCUUGACACAUAGAGAGUCCUCAAUAAAUGACAAUGUUACAGGUUGUGCCCAGUAGAGAAAAAGGGAAAUUAUAGAGAAAAGAAAAAAGUAAAAGUAGAGAGACAGUAGAUGGCACAGAGGAAAGAAGGCUCAGAUGUGAUGAUAAUGAUUUUCAAAGCUCUGUUUUCUGCAGACCUUCAUUUUCCCAAGGAGCAGAGAUAUUACCUAUAGCAGGGAGAUACUAUAGUUAGCAGGUUAUUAAACCAGCUAUUAACCCAAACACCCAGCUCUAUGCUCAGAAUUUGAAAACAGAACAAAACCUCAAAUCUGGGCAGUUGUAAAGAAAAGAAGCCAGUAUGAAUGAAGAAUUCACUUUCAGUUAUUUCUUCAGCAAAUAUUGAUGACUUCCAGUGUUCCAAGUGUUGAGGAUAUAGUGGAGAACAAGACAGACCAAGCUCCUGUGCUUGGGAGCUUUCAUUAUAGUGGUACAGGACAGGCAAUACAUAUGUAAAUUAAAGCACAUACUGUCAGGUACUGAGGGAUACGUUGAUGAAAGAACAAGCAAGUGAAGAGAGAGAGGGAUAAUUGUAGGAGAGAUGAUUUUUAAAAUAGGUUUCUGAGGUCCAAAAUUGUACCUAAAGAAUGUAAAUUAAAUAUGUAAAGAUUAAAAUUUGCUUGGUUAUUGUAUCUUCAAACCAUCAUGGGUUUUGUCUGAGGGUCAUAGAAAGAGAUGCUGAUCAAUCAUUUUCUUCUUUAUAGAAAGAUUUCACAAAACAGUUCCUAAAUAUACUUACUCAGUAUCCUUAAACUAGUCAUACAAUCUCUCCAAGCCUCAGUUUUCUUAACUGUAAACAUUAAAGCCAUAAUAUCCACUUCACAACGUUUGUGGGAAACCAAGUGAAAACAUUAAGGUUUAUGAAAUGUCUGGCACACUUUAAAAGCUCAAGGAAUAUUCAUUCCUUUCUCUUUUCUUGGAGUAGGAUUUAACAAAAAGAAAGUGAUCCAAACUAAAGCAAGACAUCAUUUGUGGAAAGACAAGAAUUCUUGAUUGUUGGGGUGAUGACUUUGAAAUUGAGCUUCUGAUGGUGUUUGUGGAUUACUGAGAUAUUUGGGGAGAGGAAGCACAUGUGUGUCCUUUAAUAAGAAUGAAGACAAUGGGUUGGGUCCAGUCAUUCCUUCACAUUUUUUUCUAGUUCUGUGGUUCUGAACUUGGCUUCUGCCCUUUCUUUUUCAGGCUAGAAGUCAAAGUUUCCUAGAUGUGAGUUCACUAACUUGUGCGGGAGCGCCUACAUUACAAUCAUCUGAGAACUUGUUAUAAAUAGAGAUCCCUUGGUCCCAGCUCAAGAUUCUUCCCCCCAGCUCUAGACAUUUUGAUUCGACCAUUCAGGAGUGGGGACUGAGUGAUACUGAGUGAUAUUUGAUACUGAGAAUUGUAUCAAAUUCCAUUUUAGGUUGUUCAUUUACUUAUAAUAAA